AUGAAGUUCGCCGUCAUUUCGUUGGUCCUCUGGGCUGGCAUCGCUUUAGCUGUCGACCCUGGCGUGCUCAGUGUCGAGAAUCUCACCCAAGAUCUUCUGCGAGUCGAGUCUGUGCGCGAGAUCAAGAACAUCCAACGGACAUAUGCCCAAUUGGCGCAGCAUGGCCGCUGGAAAGGAAUGGCGAGUUUGUUUGCAGAGAAUGGGAUUCUUCGAUGGGGCAAAGGGGCUGGAGACAUUCUUUCUACAAGUGACGCCAGUUCUGUCACGGGGCGCCCGGCCAUCGAAAACUGGCUGCAGCAAGAAGCUGGGGAUAUGGACGGGAUCAAUCCAGGGUCUCUCCAUGUUUUCAUGAGCGACAUGCCGGUCAUAACGCUUGCGGACGACGGCAACACUGCAAAAGGCCGGUGGACAGCACUGAGGAAGCUUGGCAACGGCAAAGGCGCGACUAGGAUCGAGGGUGGGAUUUUUGAGAACGAAUAUGUGUCCAGCGGGGGCAAAUGGAAGAUUUCCUUACUGCGGUACUACCCUCUCUACGCAGGUACCUACGAGAAAGGCUGGAAGAAUCUGGGGCUAAACGGAUCGCUCCCUGUUAUUUCAUACCACUACACCCUCGACCAGGCUGGCGUUACACUUCUCCACGCCGGAAGAACUGCAAGCCGCUCGAAGGAGGGCACUGGCACAUUGAAUCGUGGAUCAACACCCGCCGCUAGCCUUUCCGUAGACGAGCUGGAAUACCGGGUUGCCCAUCUCAACGAAGAAGACGAGGUGCGAAAUCUUGUUCAUGGCAUGGGGUAUUAUGUCGACAGGCGAAUGUGGCCGGAUGUUAUCAGUCUUUUUACCUCGAACGGCACCAUCACCGUCCAAAAUAACACGUCACCGGCUGGACCUGCAGGCAUCCAGUCUGUUCUAAACCGCAUGGGUCCAGAAGGGCUGUCUCACGGCAUUCUCAACGAACACCCAAUCUUUGGCACUGUUGUCAACGUCAGUCCGGAUCACAAGACUGCCGUCGCUCGAGGGCUAGAGAUUGGCCUGAUUGGUGAUGAUAAUGCUCAGACCGGUCAAUGGCAGUUUUGCGUUUUCCACCAUAGCCUCGUCAAAGACCUGGAUACCGGCACUUGGAAGAUCCAAGACCUGAGAUACCACCGCCUGCUCUUUGCCGAUUAUGCCGCCGGCUGGGGAGAUGGGGGUAUCUUGCCAGCCUCUUCGUUGGAUCCGCCUCCUGUCCUACCCCCCUAUUACCAUUCAACUGAGAACCGACGGCCUGUACAAUGGCGGCCAUUCUACAAGCGAUAUCCGGCGUGGGAAGAACCAGAAGAGGAAACGCGAGACAGACUUGCCAACAUCCACCGUCUGCUCUUGCGCUCUUCCGCCUAUGACGAAUCCGAAAACACCUCCGGCUCCUAUGGCUUCUACAUCGACGACAUUCGCUGCUCAGACUUUGCCAAGUUGCACUCUGAUCGAGGCCACAAGUUAUCCCCCGGAAUAGGAUGGUAUUACACCCCCGACGCGAUCUCCCUCUCCUGUGCAUCCCGCUACUACCGCCAAAACAGCACCACCUACAACCCCUCCAUGUCCUCCCUUCGCUCCUCUGUACCCUUUCACUGGCGACUCCAGCCGGUGAUUCUCGUAUCUCGCGAUGGCCGCUCUGCCACCCUCCGAACCCGCAACCUGCAGACAGGAACAAGCAGAACACAAGGGAGCAACGGCUGGAUGGGGGGGAUGUACCACGACCAACUCGUCUUGGAAAAUGGCAAACGCAAGCUCUGGUCCAUUACCAUUGAUGAGUUCUACUGGAACAGUCGAAACUGGACCGCCGGAUGGGCCAACGUUGUCCCCCAUGUGUCCAACGCAACCACUCCCAGACGAUGGAUGAGCAGGCGCCAGUCCAACGACCUCCCACCUGACGUCUCCCUGCGACACCCCGCACUGCUGGAGCGAGAAACUGGCUUCAACGGUGGCCCACCACCAACCGUCUCUUGGCCAGGCGUUCAAAAGAUGUGGUGGGCCUACCGCAACCUCGUCACGGGAGCGAUGCCAUCGGAUAGCUCGUACUGGGGACCGCCGGGCUGUGUUCCCUGCCGGGGGGCAAAGCCGGAGUGGGCACUGACGGCGAACGGGUACCAGGAACCGCCUUCGGGUCCAACAAUCGUGACAGCAGAUUGGCUUGAGGGUUCGGGCGUUGAUAUCGAGGUCACUGUCAAGGGAGGGCCAGAGGAGUCGGCCAAGGGUGGUUGGGUGCAGCUUGUGUUGGACUUCAAUGGCGAGAUUACCAAGUUUGGUGAGGAAGGGCCGGUUGGGGAGGAUGGAAAGGUGGUCUUGCGGGUACGUGGCCCCGGGGCGUUUGGGACGACGGUGCCAAUUCAGGUGUUCUACUUCGGUAAUGAGAAUUUGAAACCUGGGAAGGGGAUCAUGCGAGACAGGGAGUAG